UUCUUGCAAAAAUUUGCCUACAUAUACAUUUUGAGUAUUGAGUGUCUUAGUUUGGGUGACCUCGAGCUCAAUCUUCUGCGAAAUCUGAAAGUUUGUGUGACCUUGACGCUGAUAAUUCGUUUUGGCAUGGUUGUUACUGUUGUUCUAUUUAACUGAGUCAAUAAAUGAGAUUUCAUGUGGAAAGCAUACUAUUGUAGAUAUUCUUAAGAAUUCAUCUUUUUAUUCACAAUUUUCAAUGAAUGUGUUCAACUCUCCGAAUACUCUCUCUGUUUCCAAACAUAUCUUAUCGACCAGUUCGACCAGUAUGCAGCUAAAUGGUACAAAUACCUAUACUUCAGACAACAACGAUUCCGAAAAUAUCAUCAUGACACAGUUAAAUAAUUCCACUGACUCAUAUACUAAUAAUUCUUCAUCUGUGCCUUUUUACAAUUCCCCGACUGAAUUGUUCAGUAAUAUAUCAUCAUCUUGUCCACCACGAUUAACUACAACUAGUAAGAAAACAAUGUAUGUUCGUGCUCUUUUUGAUUAUGAUCCCAAUAUGGAUAAUGGUUUACCAAGUCGAGGUCUACAAUUUCAACAUGGUGAUAUUUUACACGUUGUCAAUGCUAGUGAUCGUGAAUGGUGGCAAGCUAAACGAAUUUCUUCUAUAUCGGAUUUUGAAAAUGUGAAUCAUAUAAAUGCAAUGCAACCAACAACAAACUGUCAUGCUAUCAACAAUACUGAUAAUAAUAACAGUAGUAGUAGUAAUAAUAAUAGUACUAUGAAUGGCAUUACACAACAACAACAAUCAACCUCAUUAAUUUCAUCUACUAGUGGACUCGGUAUAAUUCCUAGUUGUCAACGUAUUGAACGACGUCAGAGAACACGAUUGAAACGUGUGAAUUUUGUUGGUAAAGUUACAGUGAUCGGUUCAACACCGUAUCCACACACCGCCACUGCCGCCGCCACCGCCAACAACAGCAACAAUAACACAUUAUCGUGUAUUCCCAAUUCCGGAUCGAUAAAUCAAUCCCCUUGGGAUAUGGGUAACAAUAGUUCUACCAUGAAUAAUAACAUAAAUUAUGAUACUACUACUGUUGCUACUACUGCUACUACUAAUAAUAAUCCUAAUCAUAAAAUGUCCUUGACUGCUGGUAUCAGUUCGAAUAGUAGUGAAACAUUAAGAAAUAAUUCACUAGAUAUGAAUAUCAGGAGUAAUACGCUGAUGGAUAUGCCUAUUGGUCUGUCUAAUUCCACUACUACUGAUACCAAUAAGAAAAAGCGAUCUGGUAGUUUAACAAGAAAUCUACUAAAAUGUUUCUCUCAUCGAUCCAUUAAACAUGAUUCAAUUGGCGGUGUAAUGACUGUCCAGCGAGCUGGAUCGUUGGAUGGAGUUAGUCAAAAUCGAUAUCCUAUUAUUCGAAGUUAUGAUCUUGUAGUGCCAGUCACCAUUUCUAUAGCACGUCCGUUAAUAUUUUUUGGACCAUUGAAAGAUCGUAUUAUUGAUGAAUUAUUAUUGCAAAAUUCCAAAUUUACCACAUGUAUAUUGCAUACAACUAGACCACAACGAGCAAAUGAACGUAAUGGUGUUGAUUAUUAUUUUGUUCCAUCGAAAUCAAUUAUGGAAGAAGAUAUUAAACAAGGCAAAUAUAUUGAAGUGGAUCGUUUUCAAGAUCAUUAUUAUGCAACAAGUUUAGAAUCGAUUCGAACAAUUCUUCAUUCAGGACAAAUAUGUAUACUAGAUGUUGGAUUAGAUGCUGCUAAAUAUUUAGAAGAAAUUGGUUUAUUUCCUAUCACUAUUCUAUUGAAACCGAAAUCUAUCAUACAUUUACGUUCAUUACAACGUCGAUUAACUGAAGAUCAAGCUAAACGAUCAAUGGAACAAAUACAGAAUAUUGAAGAUGAGAAUUGGCGAUUUCUGUCGGCCAUUAUAACCUAUGAAAAUUUUGACAAUCUAUUAUUAUCUGUUAAAAAUUUCAUCCAACUUCAUAAUGGUCCAAUUAUUUGGAUUUCAUCAGCAUUAUCUUCCACAUUGCCCAAUAUUCCAUGUGUAAUUCCUAAUACUACUAUGAAUACGAAUACUAAUAGUAUUACCACUACUAUUACUACUACUAUUACUAGUACACCACAAUUUCGUCAUCAUUCAUUUUUGCCGAAUGCCAGUAAUAACAAUCAUCAUCGUCAUAAUCAUAAUAUUAUUAGUAGUGCCUUACAAUCAUUAUCAAUUCAAUCGGCCAAUGCCACCAUACACGAUCAUCAAGUAUAA